UGCGCGUGGCAACCGUAGAGAAAGCUCAGUAUUCCUCAGGUAUCGAAGAGCUCGACCAGUCUACUGCGGGGGAAAUCGUCUGCUCGCGAAAAUGCCUCUGGCCAGAGAUUUACUCCACCCUGCCUUUGAUUUCGAGAGAAGACAGCACAAAAAAAAGAGACUCGUGCAGAGUCCGAACUCUUACUUCAUGGAUGUGAAAUGCCCAGGUUGUUAUAAGAUCACAACAGUGUUCAGUCAUGCACAGACUGUGGUUUUAUGUGUUGGGUGCUCAACGGUGCUCUGCCAGCCCACAGGAGGAAAGGCCAGGCUGACUGAAGGUUGUUCUUUCAGGAGAAAGCAACACUGAUGGGACAAUUUGAAACUGACCUUUUGAAUGAAAUGAAAUGGUCAGGUUUUUUUUUUCAUUGAUUGCAAUGAGUGAAGAAAUGAUUAUAAUGAUUAAGUGGAAGAUUUCCAUAAAAUCCCAGAAGUGUUGUUAAAUUAUGCACUCAAUCAGAAAAAAAAAUGUCCCAAGAACCCCCCCCCCCCACUUAUAGCAUUAUGGUCCUAUACAUUAUGUUCACCAUACAGCCAAGCUAUUUUUGUUAUCUAAGUGUGUUCUCCUGUAAUGAAGUAACAUUGUUCCUUUCCCCUUCUUUAAAAAAAAGCUAUGAAAUGGGGAGUUCUUUUAAAAAAAAAAAACUUUUGUGUUUGUUUUUAAAUAUUCAGUUAACCAUAACUAUUCAAAUACUGAAAUCACUAUUUGGGUAUUCAUUCGUUUCAAAAUAUACAGGACAAAAUAUGAAAUGCUGCCUUUUUUUGGUUUAAUAUUUGUGAGUUUUGUGUAUCACACUUUUUCUUCCAUGUGUUUAAUAAAAACUAGCAAAAAAACUUCACCUUCAACUUCAAACUUCAAAAAGAAUUUUCACCUGUUGCAAUUUUCACCUCUAUAUGAAAGAAAAAUCAGAACCAAACAUAUCCUAUUCUGUUAUGUCACAUCUGUACAAUGCUUACCAGAAAUUAGCAGUCAAACCAAAUGCAUCUUUGUCUUGCAUUAUUUUGUUUGGGUUUGGCUUUCAAGUUAUGAGAAACAAAUUGCAAAUUAGUAAGUAAAAACAAGAGAAUAUAAGUGGUUGGCAGGUAUCAAAACUAUGCUUUCCUCCUUUGAUGUCAUGUGAAAUGUGUAGCAUUUCUGAGCAUCCUACUGCUAAUGCAGCAGAACAGGACAUACACUCAUCAAUUGUACUUCAUCAGCUUAGCCACUUUAUUGGGUGGGUUGUACAUUGUCUUAUCACUAAACUGGAUGUGUAUGGGUCAUUUUUUUUAUACAAUCUGGAGUAUACCAGCAAGUUGACAAAAAAAGCUGGUUAAAGUUGGAAGUAAACAUCCAAAUAAAAGUAAUCCAUUUUAA